GAGUGAGAGAGUGAGUGAGAGUGCAAGCAGAGCGCGCGCGAGCAGAGCGAGCAGCACCGUGCAGCUCUGCAGUGGCGGAGAGUCUCGUCGCGCGAGCUGCAGUUGAACAGAACGUGACUCCAGCACGAGCUCGCGCUCUGCUGCGUGGAGGUGGGCAGCAGCACCCUGACGCUUCCCUGCGCUCGUGCCCGGUGCUUGGGACGAACCCUGAGGGCUGGAGAACCCGCAGGAACCCGCAGUCUGCUGGAGAACCCUCUGCUUUACUGUUGUUGUUACUGUUACUGUUGUUAUUUACUGCAGGCUCGUGCGCGCUCGCGGCUUGUUGUUUUACUGCUGCUGCAGCUGCACGCGGAGCCUCGUGAUGAAGCUCGGUCCGUCUGCCCCAGCGGCCAACAUGUCGUCGGAUCUGCGCGCGCGCUGCCGCUCGCUCCCGUCCGGACCGCUCUCUCUCCGCGCGCGCUGCCGUCAUUCCUAACCGGGAGGAGGAGGACGAGGAACCGGGGGACCGGGCGCACGAGCUCGUGAAGGAGAAAAAGAACAGAUAGAGAGACAGAAAGAGAGAGAGAGAGAGAGAGAGAGAAGAGCGAGAGAAGAGCGAGAGAAGAAGGGAGAGAGAGAGAGGGAGAGGUUUAUUAAUUUUUAAUCUUUAUGCAUCCGCACGAAGACGGAGGAGCGCGCGAGGAGAAGAGAAACGGGGAGAUUGAGAGAGAAAGAGAGAGAGAGAGGGAUGAAUGAGAGGAGCCACUGAAGGAGAAGAAGAAGAAGGGAGGAAGGAGAGAGAUUGGAGGAAGCAAGGUAAAGGUUCAGAGGGUGUGUGAGGGGAGCAGUGCGUCCCUCUGAAGCGCCGGGCUCGUUCUUCCCCUCUCCCCUGCUCUACCCCACCAUGGCUGUGUCUCUCUGGCUCCUCUGCACCUGUGUGAUCACCCUCAGCAACAUCACCCCCACUGCACAAGCACUGAGUCGUUCGGCGAUGCCCUUCGGUCUGAUGCGGCGGGAGCUGGCGUGCGAAGGCUACCCCAUAGAGCUGCGCUGCCCUGGCAGUGAUGUCAUCAUGAUCGAGACGGCCAACUACGGGCGCACGGAUGAUAAGAUCUGCGACGCUGAUCCGUUUCAGAUGGAGAACGUGCAGUGCUACCUGCCAGAUGCCUUCAAGAUCAUGUCACAGAGGUGUAAUAACCGGACGCAGUGUGUGGUCGUCGCCGGGUCAGAUGUGUUUCCUGACCCGUGUCCAGGAACCUACAAGUACCUGGAGAUUCAGUACGAGUGUGUGCCAUACAUCUUUGUGUGUCCGGGGACCCUCCUGCGGGUCCAGGCGGCGAGUUCGCUCCAGGAGGCGGAGCAUCAGUCCGGGGCAUGGUGUAAAGACCCUCUGCAGUCUGGGGACCGCCUCUACGUCAUGCCCUGGACUCCGUACCGGACCGACAUGCUGUACGAAUACGCAUCGUGGGAGGACUUCAGACAGAACCGAGCCACCACCACCUACAAGCUACCCAAUCGAGUGGACGGUACGGGCUUCGUGGUGUACGACGGUGCCGUCUUCUACAAUAAGGAGCGAACGCGCAACAUCGUUAAAUACGACCUGCGUACGCGAAUCAAGAGCGGCGAGGCCAUCAUCUCAAACGCCAACUACCACGACACGUCUCCGUACCGCUGGGGGGGCAAGUCCGAUAUCGACCUCGCCGUGGAUGAGAACGGCCUGUGGGUCAUCUACGCCACCGAGGCCAACAAUGGCCGCUUGGUGGUGAGCCAGGUGAAUCCAUACACUCUGCGAUUUGAGGGCACGUGGGAGACGACCUUCGACAAGCGCCUGGCGUCCAACGCGUUCAUGGCCUGCGGGGUCCUGUACGCGGUGCGGUCGGUGUAUCAGGAUGACGACAGCGAGGCGGGCGGAGACCUGGUGCUGUACGCCUACAACACCAACCGCAACCAGGAGGAGCCCGUCCACAUCCCCUUUCCAAACCCCUACCAGUACAUCUCCUCUGUGGACUACAACCCCCGAGACAACCAGCUCUACGUCUGGAACAACUACAACGUCCUGAGGUACCCGCUGGAAUUCGGACCACCUGACCCCACCACAGGUUCUCUGGCCACCACUCAGGUGUCCAGCACCACUCCAGCCCGCUCCUUCUCCUCCAGCUCCAGCCCCUCCACCGCUCGCCCUCUGCCCCCCACCUCUCACCCCAUCGGAGCAAUUAAUAAAGCCCCUGACCUGCGGCCCAUCACCGCCACGGUGCCGGUGACCCGCCGACCCCCGCGGCCCCCUCCCGGCCCCGAGGCCCUGCUGUGUGAGGCAACCGUGGCCAGAGGCGUCCAGUGGCCCACCACCCAGAGCGGAGAGACCGUGGACAGACCCUGCCCUAAAGGGUCACUCGGCAUCGCCUCUUUCCAGUGUAUGUUGUCUCCCAUGCAGUGGAACCCUCGUGGCCCCGAUCUCAGUAACUGCACUUCUCCGUGGGUCAACCAGGUGGCACAAAAGAUAAAGAGCGGGGAGAACGCGGCGAACAUCGCGGGCGAGCUGGUGAACCACACGCGGGGUCGGAUUCACGCCGGUGAUGUCAGCUCCUCCGUGCGACUGAUCGAACAGCUGCUGGACAUCCUGGACGCUCAGCUUCAGGCCCUCAGACCCGGGAACAAAGAGUCCGCAGCCAGGAACUAUAACAAGUUACAGAAGAGAGAAAGAACCUGCCGUGCAUACAUUCAGGCGGUGGUCCAGACGGUGGAUAAUCUGCUGCGUGCGGAGGCUCUGGAGUCGUGGAGGGACAUGAACAGCUCGGAGCAGGCUCACACUGCCACCAUGCUGCUGGACGUCAUGGAGAAAGGAGCCUUCCUGCUGGCCAACAACAUGUAUGGCAACCGCUUCAGUGACCACGGCCUGAACAUCGAUUUGGAGGUGCAUAUCCUGAAUACUGAGAUGGAUCUUCAGAACCUCUCCUUCCCUCAGAAUAACCCGACUGACAGCAUCCAGCUCUCAGCCUCUACGGUCAAACAGUACAGCCGCAACGGUCAGGUGAAGGUGGUCUUCCUGCUCUAUAAGAAUCUGGGCUCCUUCCUCUCCACUGAAAAUGCCACUGUCAAGAUGGAGGUGGAGCCUGCGCUCGGGGGGCGGGGCUUAGCCGUCAACACACACGUCAUCACCGCCUCCAUCAACAAAGAGUCCAGUCGGGUGUUUCUCACCGUUCCUGUGGUCUUCACUCUGAGACAUCUACAGAUGGAGAACCACUUCAGUCCAAACUGCUCCUUCUGGAAUUAUUCAGAGCGCUCCAUGACGGGCCAGUGGUCGUCUCAGGGCUGCAGGCUGCUGGACACCAACAGCACACACACCACCUGCUCCUGCUCACACCUCACCAACUUCGCUGUGCUCAUGGUGCAGCACGAGUCCAAUAAUCCGGGUCAGAUGCACGAGCUGCUGCUGUUUGUGAUCACGUGGGUCGGCAUCGUAAUCUCCCUGGUCUGUUUGGCCAUCUGUAUCUCCACCUUCUGCUUCCUGAGAGGCCUGCAGACCGACCGCAACACCAUCCACAAAAACCUCUGCAUCAACCUCUUCAUCGCCGAGCUCCUCUUCCUCAUCGGCAUCCACAAGACGCAGUACCACAUCGCGUGCCCCAUCUUCGCCGGGCUGCUGCACUUCUUCUUCCUGGCCGCUUUCUCCUGGCUGUGUCUGGAGGGGGUGCAGCUGUACCUGAUGCUAGUGGAGGUGUUCGAGAGCGAGUACUCGCGGAAGAAGUACUACUACCUGUGCGGCUACUGCUUCCCCGCGCUGGUGGUGGGCAUCUCGGCGGCCAUCGACUACCGCAGCUACGGGACCAAGAAAGCGUGCUGGCUGCGGGUGGAUAACUACUUCGUGUGGAGCUUUAUUGGCCCUGUGUCCUUCGUUAUCAUGCUCAACCUGGUGUUUCUGAUGGUCACUCUGCAUAAGAUGGUGUGCAACUCCUCGGCCCUCAAACCCGACUCCAGCCGCCUGGACAACAUCAAGUCCUGGGCUCUGGGGGCCAUCGCCCUGCUCUUCCUCCUGGGCCUGACCUGGGCCUUCGGUCUCCUCUUCAUCAACGAGAAGACGGUCACCAUGGCCUACCUCUUCACCACCUUCAACGCCUUCCAGGGCAUGUUCAUCUUCAUCUUCCACUGCGCCCUGCAGAAGAAGGUCCAUAAGGAGUACAGUAAGUGUCUGCGUCACUCGUACUGCUGCGGGCGCUCCUCCAGCACCAGCUCUCACGGCUCUUUGAAAAACUCUGCCCUCAGGGCCAACAACCGCUACUACACCAGCAGCCAAUCACGGCAUGCGGCUGCACACAGACAGAGUCGAAUUCGUCGGAUGUGGAACGACACAGUGAGGAAACAGACCGAGUCCUCUUUCAUGGCAGGAGAUAUCAACAGCACUCCCACACUAAACCGUGGCACCAUGGGGAAUCACCUCCUGACGAACCCCGUGCUGCAGACCCGUACGGGCACCUCUCCCUACAACACCCUGCUGGCUGAGAGCUUCACACCUCCCUCACCUGGAGUCUUCAACUCCACCGGAACCUUCCGUGACCCAAAAAGCACCCUGUCUAGGAACCGGGACCAUGGAGGCAUGGAGACUCUUCCACUGAACGGAAACUUCAACAACAGCUACUCCCUGCGUAGUGGCCCCGGUGGUCCCGGCGGUGGCAGCUGUGACUUCCUCGGGGGCGCAGACAGCCCUCCUCCCAUCCUGAACCCUCGAGGGGCAGAGACUCUGGGCGGCGUCCGCCGCAACCUGUCAGACGCCGCAGCCUUGGAGAAGAUGAUCAUCUCCGAGCUGGUACACAAUAACCUGAGAGGUGGCGGAGUUGGGCCUGGGGGCAUGGACAGAUCCUGUGGCAGCCUGGCCAGAGGACAUGGGCACGCCCAUGUGGAGAGGGGCGUGGCCAAACUGGUAACAGGCCAAGAGGAGGAGGAUGAAGACUUUCCGCAGGUUGAUGGCCACGGCCAGCGUACGCCACAGGACGUGGAGCUGCUGUACAAAGCGCUGGAGGAACCGCUGCUCCUCCAGCAGUGCCGAGCUCAGUCCGUGCUCUACCAGAGCGACCCAGAGGAGAGCGAGAGCUACACGGCCGAGAGCCUCGGUCACAGCGGUCACAGUGGGCACAGCGGGCACAGAGGAGCCCCGGAAUCACCUGCCCGGGACUCUCUGUACACCAGCAUCACCAAUCUGCGUGACUCGCCUCCUUACCCAGACAGCAGCCCUGAGCCACUGGAGGUGGUGCCCCGCUCGGCUCAGCCACCCCAGGAGCUCUACUACAGCUCGGGGCGUCCUGCUCUGGGCUCCCGUGGGGCACCAAUGCAGACCUUCUACCAGCCGGCGGCCAUCAGAAGGCCCAGCGGCGGCGAGGCACACCCGGCCCCGGAGCCAACGGCUACCCACGGAACAGAGGGCGAUGGACAGAUGCAGCUGGUUACCAGCCUGUGACAGAUGGGUUUUCCCGGCAAGGGAAGAGGGAAGAAGGAAUAGGAUGAGGAAGAAUGAAUGGAAUGAAUGCAGCAAAUAAGGCUCAUGCUGAUGCUUUCUGGUCUUGCCACCGAUACCUCUCUCUCUCGUCAUACUUUGGUUGUUUUUUGUUUCAUUUUUACCUUUGAUUAUUUCAAAGCGAGGGAGGUCAAGGAAAGCAUAAUCACAGAAAGACACGGCGGAGAAAAGGUCACCUGGUGGCUUUGUGGCUUGAUCGCUCGGUCGCUUGGUCACUCGGUCAGUGUGACCGCAGGCCGUAGGCAGCUCAGCAAUGGACUUCUUCCCCUAACUUCCUCCUCCCUGCGACACAUGCUCUCGCGCACACAGUCCAAAUUGACACCCCCGAGGACUUUGUCAACCACAUCCUUGAAUUGAGUUCAUAAUACCCGUGUUCCCCUGCCUUUUCCUUUCCUUUUUCUACACUUCUUCCCCUCCUUAUUAUUCACCAAGAGCUGUUAAGCGAGGAGACGAGGGGGUCUUGCCUGUUUUGCUGCAGCGUGAAAAGAAAAAGAAAGAACUCCGUCGGAAAGCUCUUCACUGUUGCCAAAAAUACGUUUUUUUUUUAGCCAGAACACAAACUGGAACACACACACACACAUGCGCGCACACAUGCGGACACACACAGACAUGCUCACGUAAGUGCUUGUUACUGAACAUCAGACCAUGAACAACAUGCGCUCAUGAAAAAGGAACAAGGACUAUAUAAUUCAGAAGCAGGUAGCUAGCAGGAAGCUGCCUCUGUGGAGUUGCCUUUAUUCCCUCUCUCUCUCUUUCUUUCGCCCUCUUUCUCUCUCUCUCUCUCUCUUUCUCUUUCUCUUUGUCUCUCGCUCUGAACGGACGCUCAUGUACAGAACCGAUGCUGAGGCUUGGCACUACGUAGCCACAGUUACGCCUUGAGUCUGCUGGACUCGUAAGCGAGACGAGGGCGAAACUUUGUACGGUUUCAUUCAGCGUAGCUGAGGCAGGCGGAGAUGAGCCCCCUGUGUCGUGGGUGCAUGGAGAACUCUGCUUACUUUUUUCUUUCUUUCUUUUUUGUUUGUUUGUUUAUCGUUUUCUUUUGUUUUUCUGUGGGUUGCGAACACCCCAAGCCCAGUGUCCUGUACAUAUGAACCACAAGAGCAAAAUCUAACACCAAUCCUAUACUGUAAAUAGAAGCGAAAAGCAACAAAAGAGUAUCGACGACUAUGAGAGGAGGUGAUUUCUUGUACUGCAACGACUGAACGUGACAAACGAGUGGAACUUAAAAAAAAAAAACACAACGAAAUGAAGUCAAUAAAGUCAAAUGUUUGGGAAUUUGUGACCUGAAUGACCUGAAUCUCUUUUUCUUUCUUUUCUCACGCUCUCUGUCUCACUUUCUCACUUUGGAUCUCUUGAUUAAGGCUCUCAUUCGUAUCCCCCCGGAGAGCGAGAGAGAGAGAAAAAGAAAGAGAGAUUUUGCGAGCAAAGAUAGAGAGAGAUAGAGAGAAAGAGACAGUGAAAAGGAAAGAGAGUUUUGCAUUAGCAAGAAUCUGACCCUGGCACAAUUUCUAUGUAAUAUAACCCAUUCCAUGUUGGCUCGCUAACCUCGCUAACAUUCCCAGAACAUUACGUGGCAAUGAGGUGGAGUAGAGGUCGGGAGGUCAGGAGGUCAGGAGGUCAGGAGGGUCGGGUGGGGUCGAUGGGUUGAAGGUGGACACACUUGUGCCUAGGGUUCGGGUGGCACUGUUCAGAAGUGCUGGUGCAUCGUGGGUUCUCUUGACAGCAGCCAUAAUGUAGUGCUGGUUGUUUCUUGUUAGACUGAUGUGGUAGAUAUCAGAUAACUAGAUAUUCAGCGAUUACUAUCUUUCCGAUUACUAUGGUACACAGUUUCGAUAAUAAGAAUUAAUUUAUCUGAGUCCGUCCACACACAGCUGGAGACGUAAAAACUGAGACAAAUGUUUUUGGUUACUGGAAGCGUUUCAAAUGGAGCUUUAUAAAAGUGUUUUAUGAAAGUGGUUGAAUCUCAAAUACUCAAAUCUUCCUACUCCCUAUAUAGUGAACUAAAUAAGUCAUAAAACUAAAGUGUCUACGUGGAGACUAGAUUUCAUGUUUCCACAUUAUGUAAUAAAUGUAAAUACUGUUCUAUUACAAAUGUAUAAUGCUCUGUUUAAUAAUUUGAUUUAGAAGUAUGUAAUUUUAUAAUUGUAUAAUAUAAUGACUUGCACAGUACACUACCUAGGGAGUAUUGUGUAGUAAUUUGGGAUUGAACCUGUACAUUUUCUUCAUGUUAUCCUGAUGUGUCACUAAAAUCCAUUCAUAAAUUUUCUCUGUGUGAAUGAGAAUACUGUAAAAAAAAAAAAAGGAGAAGGGAAAUCUCAUUUAAAAAAAAAAAAAAUCCAGCUAUGUGUGGAUGGAGCCUGAGUGAAACUGUAUUUUUACAUGUAUUUACUGUUUCCCAACAAUAAUGUUCUUUCAGGAUGCGAAACAAGCUACGAUUUUUAUGUGAAAAGAAUGUGUGAGCAGAGUGAGAGUGUCUGUUUAAAAGUGUGUAUGUGCAUCUAAUUGAGAGUUUAUUUUUGGGAGGAUCGCUGGACCCACAAUUAAAAAGCAAAGUAAAUUUUAUAUGUAUUAGAGGACACUAUAUUAGCUCCCACAUCCAAGCCCCACUCAGGGGUUCGGAAAGCUGUCACUUAGUUUGGCUAGUCAGAAACGAAAAAUGAGAGUUUCUUUGGUUCUCAUCUGUGCUAAAAUCUUCUAGCAUUAACGCUAAUGCUUCUCAACAUUACAAUACAUAAUAAACACAAUAACCAAAAAAUAUAUUGGGAUUUGAUGUGUGCUUGCCAUUUCCAAAUCUUUUCUUUAGGAAUCAAAGUACUUUUAGAGCUUCCGUCCAACACCAAGUUUAUCUAGGAUUGUAUUUAUUUUUUAAUUAUGCAAACUUGUAAAAAUAAGAGACCACUUAAAAAUUAUAUAUAAUUGGAAAACUCUGGAAUAUAAAUAAUCACGAGGAAGAUGGAUGAUCACAAUCCACCAACCCAAGCUGAACUACUUGAAUUUUUGCACCAGGAGUGACAAAGUUAUCGAAAA